CUAGAAGAUUACAGAUCUUUUGCUAUUUCUUAUAAGUAGAAAGAACCAACUUUAAUAUGUUAGGAUAUUUAUUCUAUCUUUUUAAUACCGUGAGGUAUCAAAAUUACAACUUUCUGAUACUUUUAAACCAGGUAACCAUGGGCAUUUAUUAGGCACUUCUGGGUCCCUGCAUGAAUCUGUAUUUCAAAUUUGUCUGGUGCAACAGAUAAAGGAAAUGAUACUGGUAGUUUUUAUACCUUUUGUAAUACAAAAAACAACUGUAAAAGUUCCAUGCAGAAGUGAGUUUGGAAGAGGGCAUGAAUAAUAGAUUGGACAGGCAAUUAGGAUGAAGCUCAACAUUUUUGCAGUGGGAACUCUAUGUAUUUAUUUCACUAUUUCUUUUAGAAAAGUCAUUAGGGAAGCCUAGAAGAAAGCUCCAAUUAUGUACAAUAACUCCUACCCAUGCCUACAAGUAAUUUAUUCUACAGAUUACAGAGUAAUUUGCAACUAAAGCGAAACUAAUACUGAUCCUUGUGCUUUCUGGGUUAAAAGGUUUGUUCAGUUCCAGUUAAGGAAUACCAUUUAGGCAAACUGAAGGAAAAACCUCUGGAUGAGCCUGGAGUGCACAAAACAUUUAAACACAGAAGCACCUCUCCAAAUCAUGAAAGCAGCUGCAUCUUUUCCCCCAAAGUUUCAGCUGCUUUUGGAAACUUCCAAAUGUUUCACUUGUGAGUGCAUGCACAGCCACCUCAAAAUGUGAAGGCAGCCAGUAGUAGCUACCAUGGACAUCCAUGGGUUGGGCAAGGGAGGGAAACAAAAACAUGUGCAUGAUGAUGUAAUCACAAAAGUGCUAUGACUGGAUCAGACAUCCUGAAACAAGUAUGUAAUUGCAGCAUUUGCGUGAUUGUGGCAGCAUUGUGACAUCACUGGUUUGCGGUGGAGGCUGCUGGUAGUUGCACAAGCCUUUCAAAAGACGAAAAGCAAUGCUUGCUUUGUGCUCCAGUACGUUCCAAGCACCUUGUUUGAAUGCUUUGUAUAAAUCAGUAAUGUUACUCUCCAUCAUAACUGAAUCAAUUACUGGACUAAGCAGACAAUUGGCUUAGUUCAGCAUAAGUUUUAAUUUCUUAAAAAUUAAAAUAAUGUAAUGAGGCUGCUGUUUGAUAGGGUCUUAUCUGGAGUAAGCUCCAGUGAAUUCAUUUGGAUGCAUUUCUCAAGGAACAUGUACACUAUAGCAUCACACUAAAAUAUCAAUGAUUUGAGACCAGCUUUGCUGUCCACACCAACAUAAUUGCAGUUGGCAAAAUUGAAAUGAGGAGCUGUCACCUGUGUUGUUGGAUCCACCUCAGAGAUGACACCUUGGUGAUCUUGAUUUCAUUAACGACCCAUUGCCCUAAAAGAGGAAAUGCAUAACUAAAAAAAUGGAAACAGUUUUGGUGUGAUAAUGCAUGAUUUUUAUGUGUGUUAAUACAUGUCUAAUGCUGCAAAUACACUAUUAUUCACUAUGGUUUUCUACAGAUAACAUUUUAACAGGGUAGGGAAGACAGUGAUCAAAUGAGCUAUCAAUCUGCUGCUUGGGUGUCAAUUGCAGAUGAAUGGCUUCAAGACUUUUCCUAUUUGUUAUUCUCUGCCUUUAAAUAAAAUUUAGACUGAAAUCCUUUAAGAUGUUUCCAAAGGAGGAUGUUGUUCUGAAAAGUCGAGCUCCUGGCCACCCCAGUUCAUAUUAGGACUGCUAGAAUUUAUGGAAACAUGGCCCAACUUGGGCAGUCCCAUAAAAUGUGGCACCUCAUGAGUCAGUGGCUGGGUUCAUACAUUUCACUAAGCCACCAUGUGAUUGGUUUGGUUUUAGCUUAAUUCAGUCCAGUAUGUGAACCAGCCAACUGGGACUUAGUAAACAACUGUUCCACAUGAUCACUGCUUUUAUAUGGAGAAUCAAUAAGGGGCAAGUUAUUUUGCCAGUUGUGGUUUCUAAAAUGCCCAGAUCUUUGAAAUGUCUCCUCCCUGUUUCUGAAGUAUAAGCCUGUUUAAGACCCUCCUACAUGCAUUUUCAUUCCAAUUUGCAAGCUGUGUGUAAUGAUAAAUAGGAAGGGAGUCAGCUGUUUGAGAUCUAAAGGAAACAGAAUGACCUUCUUGGCUGCCUUUUCCAAAACCAACAAAAUCUCACAGAAGAAAAACGGGGCUGGAGGGCUGUGCUUCUUUCUUUGGGAUCCUUUGUUCUGAUGUCCAAGUAUCACAAGAAGCAACUGUUAGAAAAAGCAGCACCAAGAAAGCUUAAAAAUGGCAAGUGAUCAGUCAAGCUGCUUUCACUGCAAGGAUUCACUUUGUGGAAAACAGUAUGCCAUGAAGGAAGAAAAUGCUUUCUGCGUGAAAUGCUAUGACAGCCUGUUUGCUAACUUUUGUGAAAAAUGUCGGAAACCCAUUGAAUGUGACUCCAAGGAUCUUGCUUAUAAAGGCUGCCACUGGCAUGAAACAUGCUUCAAAUGUGCCAAAUGCCAUCACUCCUUGGUUGAGAAGCCCUUUGCAGCUAAAGACGAGCUCCUGCUGUGUACAGCAUGUUAUUCUAAUGAGUAUUCAUCUAAGUGCUUUCAUUGCAAGAGGACUAUUAUGCCUGGUUCUCGUAAAAUGGAAUUUAAAGGCAAUUGUUGGCACGAAGCUUGCUUUGUCUGCCGGUACUGCCGCCAACCACUAGGAACAAAACCUUUGAUUAUCAAGGAUGAUGACAAUUACUGUGUGCCCUGUUAUGAGAAGCAAUUUGCACAGUGUUGCUACUCCUGCAAAAAGGUGAUCACCAAUGGUGGUGUGACUUACCAUGACCAGCCAUGGCAUAAGGAAUGCUUUCUAUGCACUGGAUGUAAGAAGCAGCUUUCAGGACAUCAAUUCGUUUCCAAAGAUGAACAUCCUUACUGCCUGGAGUGCUUCAAAAGACAUUUUUCAAGGAAGUGUGUUGCCUGCACUGAACCCAUUACAGCUCUUGGAGGAGGCAAGUUCAUCUCAUUUGAAGAUCGCCAAUGGCACAGUGACUGCUUCAAGUGCAGCAAAUGUGCCUGUUCCCUCGAGGGAAAGGGGUUCCUCGCCCAGCAAGAUGAAAUCCUCUGCUGCAAUUGCGGGUGUGCUACAUAACUCAGGAGCGCUUCAAGGAGGCCCAUCCCUUCCCCUGCAUUAUUUUAACCCUGCUCAGUAGUCAGAAAUCCAUCUAACAAGAACAGGGGAGUUCAGUCUUACAAAUCAACAGCAUGUCUAUCACAGCAGUAUGUAGCCCAUGCAUCCAGUAUAGCCACUUUCAGUAACAGAACCCUUGUUUGAAAGAAAUUGAACCAAAUAUACAAGGACCAGAAAGA